AUGAACGAUUGGAAAGAAGCUGCUGAGAUGAACAAGCCGAUGGGCAGACGCUCCAAAGGUUACCAACUCAUUCCAUGUCUGCUCUGGUCAUCCCUCUGCAAUUUGUAUUUGAGCCUUUUGAAACGCUUCUUUGGUUGGUACUGUGAAAGGAUUGCCAGACAUCCUGCGAGAACAAUCCAAAUAUGCAUCAUAUUCAUCAGUAUCUGUUCUGUGGGUUUUGUGUGGUUCCAUUCAGAAAAGAGAGCAGUAAAAUUGUUCAUCCCUCAAAGCAGUAGAGCCAUAGACGACUUGGAAAGUGCUGAGAAAUACUUUCGAGUCGAUUUUCGAGAGGAAAUCAUCCUUUUAGCGGCAUCACCUGGUCAUCCUAACGUUCUUUCUCCUAAAUGUCUGAGACAAGCCUUUCAAGCUCAUAAUGCAGUUAUGGGAAUUGAAUCUUAUUCUCACUUCUGCGUCACACUGUCUGGGAACAAAUCCAAGUCCUUAAACGAUUGUAUGAUGAUCAACCCACUGGAAUUUCUACAGUUCAAUGAAAGCAAAGUGAGCAGCGAUAACAUUGAACUGGUUCAACAGGAACUGAACAAGGCUUACAAUAACACAAGUUCACUUAUGCGGAAUGGACGCCCAUUCUGGUUAAACUUCGACCGAAUGUUUGGAGAUGCGAGUCGAAAUCAAGGAAGCAUAACAGGCGCCAAAGCAUUGCAAAUGAUUUAUCUCCUCCGUAAUCCCAAGGAUAACAAUGCAAAUGAAAAGGUUCUUCAAUGGGAAAAGACUUUCGUAGAUAAACUGGCCUCAUUGGUAGACGAACUGUCAUGCUUCAAAGUCCAUUAUUCAAGUGAAAGGAGCCUGGAUGAUGCCAUAGGUGAAAGCACUGGGUCUGAUAUCAGUCUAGUGUCAGUCACUUUUAGCCUCAUGAUUUCUUUUGCUUGCAUCAUGCUAGGAAAGUUCUUGAAUCCGCUGACUGGCCAUUCCCUACUUGCCAACGCAGGAGUGUUUGCAGUGGCCCUGGGUAUUUCAGCCGGACUUGGCCUUGGUAUGUGGUUCCGAGUUCCCUUCCUCAGUAUCGUGGGAAUAGUGCCUUUCCUAGUUCUUGGAAUCGGCAUAGAUGAUAUGUUUAUCAUGGUAGACGAGCUUGAUCGACAACCACGUGAGCUGUCGACAACUGAGAAAAUCAAAGCAGUUAUGAAACAUUCAGGAGCAACCGUCACCAUGACAACUAUGACAGACUUAGUUGCAUUUGCAGUUAGUACAUCUUCCUCAUUUCCAGCAAUCAGGUAUUUCUGCACCUACGCUGCUCUGACAGUGACAUUUUCCUUCCUGAUGGUUGUCACAUUCUUUGUUGCUAUUAUGACAUAUGACGUGAGACGAAUUAAAUCCGGACGCAGAGAUUGUAUCCCACUUCUCCUGGCGCCCCGACCAAAAGAGGGUAUGCCAGCCUGGGAAGAACCUCUUCCACAGACUUCUAAUCGAGUUAUGAAAUAUUGGGCCACAUUGUUGAUGCUUCCAGUCACAAAAGUUGUGGUCAUACUAUUGUCACUGACAUUGCUUGCUGCUGGAAUAUAUGGGGUCACCCAGGUGGAGGAGUCUUUUGAUAGGCGCAUACUGGCCAAAGAUGAUUCUUACUUGAGGCAAUUCUUGACAGCUCAAAACAAGUACUUUCGAGGUGGAAUAGAAGUGAAUCUUGUAGAGACUGGUAAGGUUGAUUACAAGCUAGACUCAACCCAGGAAAGCAUCAAACAGCUAACAAAUAUCUUGAUUGAAAAUGAAUAUUAUCAGAACCGAUCAUUAUCCUGGAUGGACACAUUUUCUCAGUAUGCCAAGAUGUCUAAGAAAAACAUUACUGGCUCAGGAUUUCUACGCGAACUAAAACAAUUCCUCCAAAUUCCCACCUUCUCUUAUUACAGGCAGGACCUGAGGUUUUCAGAGGACGGAAAAAAAAUAGACGCUUCUCGUGUCAUUGGUUUUAUGAAGAGUUCCAGCAGCUCCACUUUCCAUAAGAAUGCAAUGCUCACACUCCGUGAAGACAUUGAAAAGAAAACAAACCUGGAGGCCUCUCCAAUAGUUCGAUAUUUCAUAUUUUUUGAAAUGUACGCCAUGGUGACAAAGGAGACCAUACGAAACCUGAUUAUAUCAGCCUUAGCAGUGUUUAUUGUCACAAGCCCCUUUUUAGCAGACUGUACGGUGACGCUCCUAGUGGUGUUAAACUUUACGGCCCUGGUUUGCGAGUUGUUCGGUUUGAUGGUAAUCUGGGAUGUGCCUCUGAACUCUGUGUCCAUGAUAAACCUUGUUAUGGCUAUUGGCUUUGCGGUUGAUUACAGUGCACAUAUUGCCCAUGCCUACAUAACAUCAAACAAGGCAACUGCUAAUGAACGAGUAGUGGAUGCUCUGACUACACUGGGUGCAAGUGUUUUUAUGGGAGGAUUCAGUACCUUCCUUGGUAUGGUUGUGCUUGCUUUUGCUGCUUCAGAGAUUUUCCGCAUAUUCUUUCGAAUGUUUUUUGGCAUCGUUGUGCUUGGCCUUUUUCACGGCUUGUGUAUCCUGCCUGUUUACAUGUCCUUCCUCUACUGGAGACCUGCUGUUAUCACAACUCUCUCGGUGAGGGACACUUCUGGUGAACAUGGAGAAGGAAAAGCAUUAGAAAAUUCCACCAAUGACUUUCAGGAUGAUAAACCAGCCAGCCAAAAGAAAGAAAACGUUGCUGUUGAGAUAGGAAUUAAAAAUUUGGAGAUUGAAGAAGACAGAGACGAGGUUGAGAUGAAUGCAAAAGAAGAUAGCGCUGAGAAGACUGAGAACUCAAGCAACUACAACCCAGCCAACCAGCAGACAGGAAGAGACCCUGUUGUUGGAGGAAUGCAGAACAAGGAAAGUGAAGCUGUCAGAGGCACGUUUGCCAUGAAUUUAACAGGAGAGGUUUGA